AUGUUACCAAGAUCGCUUCUCGUCUGUGUGAUAGACCUUCUGUUAAUUAGAGAAGCAUCUGGAUGGAGUCACGUCGAUAGAGAUCAAUUCGAAUCCAUUACAACCAAAAAUGAGUUAUCACUAGUCGCUUUUGUUGCGCCAUGGACCGAAUCAAGCAAGUCCCUGGAAUCCGAAUGGCUCUCAGCAACAGCUCGAAGUCAGAAUUCACUCAUCAGUAUCGACUGUACCGUGGACGCGGACCUGUGCAAAGAACAAGAAAUAAUAUCCUAUCCAGCGAUACGGCUAUUUCAAAGCAAUGGGCAAAGGCGGAGAUAUCGAGGGCCACGGAAAGCUUCUUCAAUACUGGAAUUCAUAACCCGAGCCACCCUCCCCUCAGUAUCGGUUGUGGACAAGUCAAACAUCACAGCAUUUAAAGCCAGUGACAACGAUGUUUUCAUCGCUUACAUCCCAGACGAGGACGGUCAUAUGAAGAAAACAUUCACGACUCUCGCCAGACGACAUGGCGACAGGUUUACUUUCGGAAUCGCUACCGACCCGAAAGUCGCCAAGACUGAACACAUGCAGUUUCCAAGUAUCGUGUGCCAUAGAUCGGUGGAAGGAGAACAAGAAAUGUUUUCUGGACAGCCCGGAUUAGAUGCCUUGGAGAAGUUCAUCGAGACUGCGACUGCGCCGUUGAUUGGGGAGUUCACGAGAAGGAAUGAGAUGAAGUAUAUGAAGGCCGGAAAAUCCCUAGUCUACUACUUCACGUCCACGGAUGAAGAUCGAUCCGCCUACGUCGCCGCCAUUAAACCCCUCGCCAAAACAUAUAAAGAAUACUUAAACUUUGUGACUGUUGAUAUUGCUGAGUACGGGCACAUGCUACCAGCUCUAGGGUUGGCAUCUGAUUCUGAUCCAGCUUUGGCUGUUUUCAAUCCGAUGUAUGGACAGGUUUUCCCGUUUAAAGAGGAUGAGGUUACGCCGAGAGCUGUGGAGAGCUUUGUGACGGAGAUUGCACAGGGUAAGGUGCAGCCUUUGGGAAGUCAAGUUCCAAGUACGGAGGGACAUACGGAGCUGUAG